CUUCUUAAGGUUUUUUUCAGUGGAAAAUAUGAAAUAAUCCAAUUCUGUUUUCUUCUCUCUGCAGUAGAAGUAGCUAAUUCUUUAUUCAAAUUAUGAAGGAAUGUUUCUAUUCAAGAUUUAUAAGAUGGUUAAGUAUUUGGCAUAACCAGGAAACUGAAAAUCAAAGGUGAAAGUCCUUGCCAGUUAUUAACUCUGCAGACAAUUACCUGUGUGUAAACUUAAUGCGCCGCAUGGAAGCUAUGUGGAGCUGUUUGUCAGCUGCUAUCAGGAUCAAGUCAUAAAGUUGUUUCUGCCUGCUGUUCAUGUACUAGCAACAUUUAAAAACACUAAUUUGACGUGCAUAUGCAUGUCAGUGCCAUAAGAAGGGUAGAAACUACUGUCUUAAGUUGUUCUCAUAAAUUAUAGAAGUUGCUUUACCAGUGAUGAUCUGACUCUCUUCUCUUGACAGAUGCACCCUGAUGGUAAACAGCAUCUGUUUUCCAUGUGGAAACAAAUUUACAGGUUGAAUAAUCAGCUCCUGACAUGACUUCUCUUCUGAACUCAAUUUUUUUGCCUAUACUUCUAAUCUGACACUUCGCCAGAGGGACUUUUGAGAGUUUCUCAGUAUUGUUUUUACCAGAUAAACAGAGGUCAUAGUCAUCAUUGCUGUUAUGUCCUGGGUACAAGUUGCAGUCAGCCAAUCCAGUGAGGAUAUAUUUGAUGAAGAUGCAGAUGAGAUGUAUCUACUACAGAAAGAAUGGAACAGCACCAUGAAAAAAAGAUUGAAGGAAGGCUAUAGGGAUGGAAUUGAGGCUGCAAAAGAACUUGCACUCCAGGAAGGUUUUAAUCAAGGCUACAGACACGGUGCUGAGCUGAUGGUUACAUGUGGCCAGUUCAGAGGAACCCUGAAUGCUCUCUUAUCCUGGUGUCACUUUAAUGGAUGUGAUUCUGCUUUAAGUAAGAUAAAUAAUCUUCUUGAUGUGGUUGGAAAGCAUGAAGAAGAUGUGCUUAAGUAUCUGAAUUCUAUUGAACAGCCACAUGUCGGACACAUUUUAGAGUCUGUUCAGGACAUGGACCUUAAUCACACAGCUCCAGCUGGGACAGAGUACAAUGAAGUUAUAGCUGGAAAACACGAAGACGUUGGCAGCUUUGGUGAAAACACUUGUAGAAAUAAUGGUGAGGUUGGUUCCUUGCAGUCUGAGUGCAGCAAGGCAAAACUCUGCACAGAUCCUGAAAGGUCAACCCUUGCUUGGGUUAAAGAACAGACUAUUUGGCUAGUAGAGCAACUGGGCUUAUCACUGGAUAUACUCCAUCAUGUCCAGCAACUGGAACAUUAGUUUUUCUGUCUCGUGGUUUUUAAAAUUAUCUCAGCUGGAUUUGAUUCUCAGUUUGUGGAUCAUGUGCAGGCUGAUGCAUGGCUGUGACUCUCUCUAGUCACUUUAUAAAAUACAGGAAUUUUUUGCCUUUUGUCAAAUUCAUCCUCUCAUCUUUUGUAACCAUUGUGCAGUGCACUUUUUCACAGUUAAAAAUAAUUUUUUUCCUCCUCAUACAGUUAUAUUUAUUUCACUUUUGCUGAAAACACACCAUUCUCUUCAAAUGCAGAAUUACUGACAAUUCCAUUGUUUUACUGUUAGACCAUCUACUCUUACCCUGUUAGACCACACUGAACAUGUUUCCAGUCUAAUUAACUUCCUUGUGUUAUUUUUGUAUUUAUUUUGCCAGUUGCUCUAGCCUGAACUCUCUCUCCCUCAUUCCCAUACUGUUUUUCCCAACCUUUCCCAGGUUUAUUCACCUUCUCGUAGAAACACGUUGUCAGCCACAGAUGCGUAUUUCUGACAACUCUGUAUUUGUGCCAACAUUCUGUAUUUGACUCCUUUUCCUGUUGCUUGCCUUAACUGUAGCUGCAAAUUGCUCUGGCCAGGAAGUCUUUUCUUUGUGAAUGCCUCUCUGCUUUACACUAAUUAAACUGAUUUACAGUAA